GCGCUCCGGCUGCGCUCGUGGCGGGGCCGGGCGGGGAGGCCGGUCCCGCGGGCGGGCGGGCGGGGGCGGGGGCGGCUCCGCGGCUUCUCCCGCCGCCGCCGCCAAGGGGAGUUUCCAGGAAGUGGCCAUAUUGGAUCCAUUCAGCCGCAGCCGCCCGGGCGGAGCGCGUCCCGCAGCCGGCUCGUCCCCGUCGCGGCCCCGCCGCCCGUCCCGGCCCGCCUGCCGGUGCGGAGCUCGCCAUGGCGGCCGCCGACCUGGAGCGCUUCUCGAAUGCAGAGCCAGAGCCCCGGAACCUCUCCCUGGGCGGCCAUGUGGGCUUCGACAGUCUCCCUGACCAGCUCGUCAGUAAGUCGGUCACUCAGGGCUUCAGCUUCAACAUCCUCUGUGUCGGGGAGACUGGCAUUGGCAAGUCCACACUGAUGAACACACUCUUCAACACCACCUUCGAGACCGAGGAAGCCAGUCACCACGAGGAAUGUGUGCGCCUGCGGCCCCAGACCUACAAUCUCCAAGAGAGCAAUGUGCACCUCAAGCUGACCAUUGUGGAUGCUGUGGGCUUCGGGGAUCAGAUCAAUAAGGAUGAGAGUUACAGGCCCAUCGUCGACUACAUUGAUGCACAGUUUGAGAAUUAUCUGCAGGAGGAGCUGAAGAUCCGCCGCUCUCUCUUCGACUACCACGACACAAGGAUCCACGUGUGCCUGUACUUCAUCACACCCACAGGGCACUCCCUCAAGUCCCUGGAUCUGGUGACCAUGAAGAAACUGGACAGCAAGGUGAACAUUAUCCCCAUCAUUGCCAAGGCUGACACCAUCUCCAAGAGUGAGCUUCACAAGUUCAAGAUAAAGAUCAUGGGCGAGCUGGUCAGCAAUGGGGUCCAGAUCUACCAGUUUCCUACUGAUGACGAGGCUGUUGCAGAGAUUAACGCUGUCAUGAAUGCACACCUGCCCUUUGCAGUAGUGGGCAGCACCGAGGAGGUGAAGGUGGGGAACAAGCUGGUCCGAGCACGGCAGUACCCUUGGGGAGUGGUGCAGGUGGAGAAUGAGAAUCACUGCGACUUCGUGAAGCUCCGGGAGAUGUUGAUCCGGGUGAACAUGGAGGACCUCCGUGAGCAGACCCACAGUCGACACUACGAGCUCUACCGGCGCUGCAAGUUGGAGGAGAUGGGCUUCCAGGACAGCGAUGGUGACAGCCAACCCUUCAGCCUACAGGAGACAUAUGAGGCCAAGAGGAAGGAGUUUCUGAAUGAGCUGCAGCGGAAGGAGGAAGAGAUGAGACAGAUGUUUGUCAACAAAGUGAAGGAAACUGAGCUGGAGUUGAAGGAGAAGGAAAGGGAGCUUCACGAGAAGUUUGAGCACCUAAAGCGGAUCCACCAGGAGGAGAAGCGCAAGGUGGAGGAAAAACGCCGCGAGCUGGAGGAGGAGACCAGCGCCUUCACCCGCAGGAAGGCUGCAAUGGAGGCCCUGCAGUCUCAGGCCUUGCACGCCACCUCGCAGCAGCCUCUGCGGAAGGACAAGGACCGGAAGAAUUAACGCACGCACAGACUUACAUGUCAAGAGCGGACUGUAGACUCAUGUGUUAAGUUGCUUGAGUUACACCUUGUGACCCUUCUCCCAUAACAUGGUGUGAGGACCGACUGGGAGCUGGUACAGACGCCAGUGUUUACAGCCUUGCUUUGUCCCUCCCCACCCCCAGGCUGCCCCAGGCCUGGGGUUCAUUCCUUUCUAUGCAAACACAGUCAAAGCCAUGAAUGCUGGAAUCCAAAACUGACGAGGUUUAUUUUUUUCAGAGCCAGUGGCUGGUCUUCCAUUUACAGUGUCACUCUCCCUUGAUGGAGCAGUUAUGUGCCAUUCUAGCCAGACGCUCGCCCUAAUUGUUCAGCAGCAAGACGGUGGUGCCUGCAGUGCCGUCGGUGUGGCCUCGCGGUCUGGUCUACGUGCUGCGAAAUUUGCCCAGUUCCCCUUCCUUUUAAUUUUUUCUAACCUAGAGCUUGAGUUCCAUAAUAACUUUUAAAACACUUCUAAAUUUUUAUUUUGGCUUAGGGAUAAAGACAAAUAAUAUCCUCUCCCAUUAUUUUCAUAAGUAACACAGAGUCCCUGAUUUUUAAAAACUAAAAAUAUCUCUAAACCUUUCUUCUGUAUAAAGUACCCAUAUAAUAUACAGGGAGAGGUGGGGAAUAAACAUCCUGUAAUGACA